AUGUACCGACCGACCGACGUGACCGUUGAACAACUGUCUCAAUGGAUACAGUUUUGGUUCUCGCCAAGAAGAAACAAGACGCCCAAGCCAUAUGACCCGGUAGAUGGGGACGGUAUUAUGCAAUGCAAGUCUAACCAUCACAUUACCUACAGACCGCAACAUGAUGCAAUGCAAUGCAUUACGAGCGUCUAA